GAAAUAUAACUAAAUUUAAUUAAAAUAAAUAAGUAAUGAAAUUUAAAGUAUCUUUCAGAGGCAGAGAGAGACCAUGAGAAAGACAGAUGAGUCUAAUAAAUGAUAAAUGUGGUAUUCUGAUGCCUUUGAUUAUUAUUUGGGUAUCCAAAACCUCUCUCCUAUGCCUUGUUUCUCUCUCUCUCUAAAAGAACCCAAAUCACUUUUUUUUUUUUUUCCCUGUCCAUGUUUUGAUUUGAGUGUUCUCAUUUUCUGUGUGUUUGUUAUGGUUCUGCUGUAGUUUUCUCGGGAAAGUUUGAUUGGUUCUGACCAAUUGUUAUAUAUUUUGUACUUUGAAAAAAUGGUAUUGAGUUCGAACGCUAACAUUUAAGAAUCACUCGUGAUCCCGUCAAUCAAUCACUCCACAGAACCUAAGUGUCUGUCGAAACAGGGAAAAGGCCCUUUCUCUCUUUGGUACUUUUCUCUCGUUUUCUCGGUCUUUCUUUUGCCUUUUUUUGGUUUGAGAAGCAAGUGAAAUUUGAGCUUUCUUUUCUUCAUUUUUUGCAAGGCUUGAUUGGUGGGUUGAUUAGCUUGAUUUGAGGAACAAGUGAAAUUUGAGCUUUCGUUCAUUUUUCCUUCCGGUACAAUUCAGUUCCGUAAAAAAAGAACAAAGCAGAGAAAACGCUUGAGUUUUCUUUAAGGGUAGUGAAUUUUCAAGGAGAAAGAAAAAAGGGGUAAGUGAAACAUUAGUUUUUUCUUUGUUGGGUUUGUUUUGUUUGAUCGGAGAAUUGGCCAAAACUUGGAUAUUCCGGUGUACGGAUAGGUGUUGGACUUGGCCAACAUUUGCCAACGAAGAAGACUAAGCGGAGAAAAGAUUUUUGAGUCUUCCGUGAAUUUUGCUGUCCUAAACGUCGAAAAAUAGAAGUCUUUGCAAGCCUAUUUUGCAUUCUCUCUUUCUCUCUCUCUAACUAAAAGGGAAAAUCAAAUCCCGACAAUAUCUCUCUCUUCCAUCCCCUUUUUUUUCUCUCUCUACAAACCUCUUUCUUUUGUCCUCUGUUUUUUGGUCUUCUUUUCUGGGCUUCCUCUGUUUUCAGGGUUGGUGAGAGAAACAUUAAUUUCUUUCCCUCCCUUCAUCUCUAUCAUCAUCCUCUCUCUCUCUGUCUCUCUCUCUCUCUCUCUCUAUCUCUAAACAUGAUUUUGGAUAAAGGGUCAAUGCAAUCAAAUCUUGAAUGUUUCCUCCAUUGCACAACACCGGUGGUUCAAUCUCAAUUUCUACCUAAGACUGAGAUUCGCAACCUGAACAGUCUAUGGCACCCAUGGGAAAGAGAAAAGGUCGAGUAUUUCACAUUGGCUGAUCUGUGGGGCUGUUACGAUGAAUGGAGUGCAUAUGGAGCCGGUGUUCCGAUUGCCUUGGAUCAAGAAGAAACGCUCGUUCAAUACUAUGUCCCUUAUCUUUCAGCUAUUCAAAUUUUCACAAGCAAUUCUUCCAUUAACAGUUUCAGAGAAGAGGCAGAAGCGGGUGAGUGUGAAACAAGAGAUUCUUAUAGUGAUUCACUUAGCGAUGAUAGUGAGAGCGAUAAGCUAUGGAGAUGGGAUGGGUGUUCUUCAGAGGAAGGAGGGUUUGAGCAAGAUAACAAUUCUAUUCAUCUAAAUGAUAGAUUGGGUCAUCUUUAUUUUCAAUACUUUGAGAGAUCAACUCCUUAUGGAAGAGUCCCUCUAAUGGAUAAGAUCAAUGGAUUGGCUCAAAGAUACCCUGGUUUGAUGUCACUUAGAAGUGUUGAUCUUUCACCAGCUAGCUGGAUGGCAGUUGCCUGGUACCCAAUAUAUCACAUCCCAAUGGGUAGGACCAUUAAGGACUUAUCGACUUGUUUCCUUACAUAUCACACUCUCUCAUCUUCUUUCCAAGACAUGGAUGUUGAAGAUGAGAUUGAUGAAAAUAAUAAUAACAAUAAUGUGGGGAUGAGGAAGAGAAAGGAAGGAGAUGGGAUUUCUCUACCACCAUUUGGGUUGGCCACUUAUAAGAUGCAAGGCAAUGUGUGGGUCUCGGCCAAGUGUGGCCGGGACCAAGAGAGGCUUUUGUCCCUUUUGAGCGUGGCCGAUUCUUGGCUAAAGCAACUACGGGUCCAGCACCAUGACUUCAAUUACUUUACUGGGUCUGCGAUUAUUCGUCGAUAAAAAAAAAUGGGGCAAAACAAAGAAGAAGAAAAACCCAAAAAAAAGCUUUUGCAAAAAACCUCUACAAAGAAAAAAAAAAAGAAGAAAAACCUAAUGAAAGGGACUGACCACUAAGAAAAAUAUCUUUUCUUUGGGUCUAUAGCUAUUUGGGUUAAUUUGUAAGUUGUGACCCCGGUGAGAGAAGAGUUAUGGGCCAUUUGUUCACUACAUUGGUGGCUCUUUUAGCUAUAUAUAUGGGUGCCCUUAUUUGACUUUUUCUUUCUUCUACCAUAGAGAGGAGGAGUGAGAGUGAGUUGACUCUUUUUUCUCUCUGUUUUUUAAGUGCUGCUGUUGGAGCGGUGAAUAUGUUCUUUUCUUCUUCCCCUUUUGUAGAAAAGAUGGGUGAGUUUCAUGAGAAAUUAAUAGGCUCUUGAACCAACGAGUUUGUAUAUGGAUUGUGUAAUAUUGCUUUUUUUUUUUUUUGUCUCUUGACCCUAUAUAUAUGUUAAUUAAUGAAACCGUGGGAGAGAUGAAAAAUAUAUAUACCCUGCUGGUUUUUGCAAAAA